AUGGCCCCCAAGACAGAAGGCAUUAUCUUUGUGCUCGGCGCCCCGGGGGCUGGAAAGGGCUCACUCAGCGCCAUAUUGGCGAAAGACUACGGCUUUAAGCAUCUGUCCAUCGGAGAUCUUCUACGACAAGUGGUGGCAUCUCCAGACGCCGACAAAACGAUUGUCGACUAUGUGCGCCGAGGAGAACUCCUCACCACGCGUCUACUCUUCCAGACUUUGAAGCCUCAUAUCGAGGAAGGAGGCAUUAUCCUCUUGGAUGGCUUUCCUCGACGUCUGGAUCAAGCCCAGGCAUUCGAGAGAGAGUUUCAAAUUCCUGUGCUUGUUCUAUUCUUCGACUGUCCCAAAGACUUGGUGGAGAAACGCGUAAUCAACAGAAAGCAAGGUCGUGAAGGCGAUAACCUCGAGACGUUCAGAAAGCGGUAUGCCGAAUUCUUGGAGCUGAAUCCACCUCUUGUUCAUCACUAUGGCCAGAUGGAAAAACUUGUUACGGUUAACACAAGUGACAUUGCUUCCUCGAGCUAUGGAGUUUUGUUGAAGCUCUUGCAGGCUAGAUCGGAAUGGGACUCUUUGGUCCGCAAAUGA